GGCAGAGACAAAUAUGCCAUCAAACGGACUCACAAGGGACUGAAAUGAUGCAGAGAUAACGUCGCCAAAUAAAGUCUGAAGAUCGAGCGUUCAACACAAAAACAGACACAAAGCACGCGUGAUCGGAUAGACCGGCGAGCAAACGUAAAAAAGCGCUGACACUGAUCAAACCAGCUGUCAGAAUCACCCCGAUACACGCCGAGGAUCUCUCACAGCUCGAUUUUAUCCAACCAAGUGAAACUUUUUUUACACAUUAACUGAAGUGUCAUUGGCUUGAACCGAAAGCAGUCCGCUGGAAAUCGCAGAACAAAAGACACGCGACCAAGUUGUUACUCUCUAUACCCACAGUUUCCUGUAACUGCAAAUCGAAGUUGGAGGUGGAACAUUUAAUGCAAAAACAACCACACCCCCUCUUCCCUGCCUUCAAGCCCCUCUUACUGCGUCGUCAUGGCGAUGAGCAGCGAUCCUGGUUGCGUGGGGUUGGACCAUGACCCAGACUCCUCCCAUACCACUGAGAUGACAACUAAGAUGUCCGCUGUCUCCUUAAGGUCUGAUCCCUCCUCCAAUGGGGUAAAGAACGGCACAGGUCUUAAGAAAGCUCCUCCCCGUAGGCCACACCUGUCAGGCAGGAAGAUGUCAUUACAGGAAAGAGGGACGUACCUGUCAUCUGGGGGCGGGGCACGAAUGGCCCGACAGAAAACAAUUGAGUCCAAACGUGUGUCCAUCUCAGACUCGCAGGACUGCAUCCAAUUAAACCAGUACAAGUUAAAGACUGAGAUUGGAAAGGGCUCCUAUGGUGUCGUCAAGUUGGCAUACAACGAGGAUGAUGACAGAUAUUAUGCAAUGAAGGUUGUGUCUAAGAAGAAGCUGAUGAAACAGUACGGUUUUCCACGUCGGCCUCCACCACGAGGUCCUAAAGCAGCCCAGGGAGAUCAGCCUAAAGUGCUUGGUCCUCUGGAGAGAGUUUACCAAGAGAUAGCCAUUCUGAAAAAACUGGAUCACCUCAAUAUUGUGAAACUGGUUGAGGUGCUGGACGAUCCAGCGGAGGACAAUCUUCAUAUGGUGUUUGAGUUGAUGCAGAAGGGCCCUGUAAUGGAGGUACCAACCGACAGCCCCUUCAGUGAGGACCAGGCCCGUCAUUACUUCAGAGACAUCGUUCUAGGCAUUGAAUACUUGCACUACCAGAAGAUCGUCCACAGGGACAUCAAACCAUCAAAUUUGUUACUUGGAGAUGACGGGCAUGUCAAGAUUGCUGAUUUUGGGGUCAGUAACCAGUUUGAGGGCAGUGACGCGUUACUCUCCAGCACUGCUGGCACUCCUGCUUUCAUGGCACCAGAGACGUUGUCAGACAACCGCAAGAGCUUUAGCGGAAAGGCACUAGAUGUGUGGGCUAUGGGAGUGACCCUCUACUGUUUUGUAUAUGGCAAGUGCCCAUUUAUUGAUGAGUACAUACUGGCACUUCACAAUAAGAUCAAGAGCAAGUCAGUGGAUUUUCCCGAGAUGCCAGUUGUAAGCGAGGGGCUGAAGGACCUGAUCGUACGAAUGCUGGACAAAAACCCAGACACAAGGAUCACCAUCCCUGAGAUCAAAGUGGACCCCUGGGUAACUCAGGAUGGUGCAGAUAAAUUACCUUUAGAAGAAGAGCACUGCACUGUGGUGGAAGUCACUGAAGAAGAGGUGCAGAACUCGGUGAAGUUUGUCCCCAGCCUGUCUGCUGUGAUAUUGGUCAAAGCCAUGUUAAGGAAGCGUUCCUUCGGGAAUCCGUUUGAGUGUCCAAGCAGGAGAGAGGAGAGAUCCAUGUCUGCACCGGGCAGUUUGCUCAUGGACUCUUGGCCGUUUCGUCCCUCUUUUAAACUCCAGCCCUCAUUAAGAAAAGGGAGCAGUGGAGAGGCUGGUAGAGAAGUCGAGCUGGAAGACCUGGACGAGGAUGAGCCGCCCACCUAACUCUGAAGCUUUCCUCAUUGUCUGCACUUCUCCAUUCAGACAUUUCCAACCCCUUGAGCAGAUCCAUGACCACACCCCUGCACCUGGAUUAUUCGAUUGAACGUCAUCGUUCUUCAGUUUCACAUGAAUCAAGUUCACCAUAGUAACAGUCCUGGUCUAUUUUUAGUCCAUCUUCUCUUUAUCUUGUUUUUUCGAUCUUACCUGUGACCUGUCACUAAUGCUAAAUACAGCAUGCAGAUUUUGGAAAUGAUCUACACCUAACCAGGCUUAUUUGAAGGCAGACCUUAAAGUACCAGUGAUGCUACAAGCUCAUAUGGACACACAGCAUGGACGAAUGAUGCUGAUACUAACUCCACCUUAUAAAGCUAAAAUCACUGAUGGCAUUGACACAAUAUGUCGCCAUAAUAAUGUUGUACAUGUGUAUAAAAUAAUAGCUGUGGAGUCUUGCCUUUUUGCACUUUGUAAAUGUUCACGUGCAAUUCUUAACCCAAUCCAUCUGAGCAUAGCGUGAAAUAUGACCUCGUAUUAUGGUGGGUUUCUCAUGUCCUUCAGACAUUAUUUAUACAAACCUGCACACACACACGGUGUAGAAGUGUGAUUCAAAGGGCCUUACUGUAUGUAUCUACUAAACACUAAUACUAAUAAGGUCUCUUUGACAAAAAUGCAAUUCUAUCCAAAACAGGGCUUAUUUUCCAUGUUUGUGAAUGUCGCAGAUCCCGCAUCGAGAUUGCACGGGAUGCAGGGCUUUCGUGUCACUGUGUUUGUUUUUCGGAAUAGAUUUGGAACAGAAUGUGUCAUUGUUUACCGAGUCUACGCAUUCCAAAAGGCCUAUUUGUCAGUCAGCAUUCGAAAACAGGAACGCACACAGACGCAAACACACAGCACAGCAUCGAAACAAGCGUUUGUUGAUGUGAAAAGAGAGAGAGUCAGUUUCACUCAAAACAGACAAGCCAAUUGAGGGUAGGAUCUGAAUACAAUGUUUAGCGCUGGAACGAAAGUGAACUGCCAUUCAAUGUCAACACCGUCCCUCACGGCACAGAUUAACUUGGUCCACAACAGUACGCCUUGUUUACAUCUGCCUGGCGGAGACAUGUUUUAGAAAAUAAUGGACGGGCGUCGUAACAGCAC